AAUUCUAAGUAAUAAAAACCAACUACAACUACUAAUAUAUCAAUUGUAUAAUAUUAAAUAUAAGUUAUAAGUAAUAGUUUAAUGAUUUUUUACUAGUCUCCUUUUAACACAGCUGGUAACAUUGCGGCAAAUUGUUCUUGUUCCAUUCGUGAAGCAAACAAUGCAUUUGUUUUAUUUUUCGUUUCCAAAUAAGUAGGAGAAAUUAUUGUCGGCAAUAAAAUAAACAGUAAAUGUGAAAUAAACAAUUUAUUGCAGCGCAUGGGAAUGAAGUGCUGUAGUGUGCGAGUUCAUUAAAUAUAGAUAAUUAUACUGGCUGUAAUAAUUCACAACACGUUUCGCGAUUUGCGUUGGCGGUGACAGUGGGAGAACGCAAGAUAGAAGCAAAAUUGUUUAAUUAUUUACAUUAAAGUUAAUGGAAUGUUAUAAUGAAUAUAACAGAGUACCAGUGUAGGAAAGAAAAACUAUGCUGAGAAAUUGAAAACCCAAUUUAUACGUCACGCGUUCGCACGAAAUAAAGUAAAAAUUAAAGAAAACUCGAUAGUGGCUAUUAGCUUAUAAUUUAUACAGACUAUUCUGGAAGCAGGGCAUAAAAGUAGUCGCUGAUUACAGCGAAUUUUCCUUCUCUCACACUUGACCCUGCAAGUGAAAAUAGUGCCUGAAAUAUGUGGAAGUGUCACAAAUGUGGAAAGCCUGUCUACUUCGCGGAGCGCAAACAAUCGUUGGGCUACGAUUGGCAUCCGGAAUGUUUACGAUGUGAGGAAUGUGGCAAGCGGCUAAAUCCAGGCCAACAUGCCGAGCAUAAAGGAGUGCCUUACUGUCAUGUGCCAUGCUAUGGUGCGCUCUUCGGACCGCAACUGUUCGGACAUGGCACACGUGUGGAAUCACAUAAGAGCUAUGGAGUAAAAGGAGCGCAACGCUCUUUCAUUGGAAAUGGUGGCCCGGUUUUGCCGCGGGAUCAUUUGGAAAGUAAACUAAAGGUUUACAACCAAUUUUAUGACAAUAAGAGCAUGGAAAUACGAAGCCGCGAAGUAAAUAAUCGGCUAAUACUAGAAGGUGCAUUGCGUGUGUCUUGGGGCGUACAUGGUGUGAUACAUUUAAAAGAAGACGAUGAUCAGCGUACACUGGUUGUGCGUAAGAGGAAUUCAAAACGUGUCUCCAAAGCAGCUGAUGAUAGCCCGUCGGAUAAGGAAAACGACAUAAGCGAAUCAGUGGAAGCGCCAACAACUGCAAGUGAGGUCGAAAACAUGUCAACAGAUAUCUCCCUGUCGGAGAGCAUGACAUUCGACUCGAGCAGUUUGAAUGAAUAUCCUUUGACAGAUUUACCCACAACGCCAGAAGAAGCUUCUGCCAAUACCACUGGUGGUGCUGAUGGUGCUGCUAUGCCUUUAUUAAAUGGCACCAAUGGUCGUGCUAACGAUGAUGAUGAAUCGGUAUCCACAAGCACUCAAUGUGGCACGGAUACAACGAUCACCACAGCAUCCACGAGUUGCAUGUCGGCAACGUUGCCUUCGAAGUUGGAUAACUUAGAGAAGUUGGAAUGGGAUGAGAUCGAUGAUUUGCUACAGGUGGAGCGUCGUGUUAGCGAGAAGGAUAAAAUUUACGAAACGAUGCCAGUAAAACUACCAUCGUCACAAACAUCUUCUAGCUGUAGCUCACCCACAAAGACGAUUUCUGCUCAUAAUCUCACCGAAAGCACGAAUACUAACAGCGAAGUGCCAUCACCAACCUCACCAACAUCUUCCACAACUACAACCAACAAUAGUAAUAGCAAUAGUGAGAGUAGCAGCACUUCUUCCGACAAUUUCGUCACCGCAACCUCGGCGACCAUAAAUACCAGCUCUACGACAGCGGAUAAUUUCGAGUCGUCCGAUGAUGCUACACUCAAGCCGAUGGAUUUCGAGGAGUUCAAACGUAGUGUUCACUUAGAUUAUGUCAGUGGUGCCAAUUCGUUUCGUGAGCCAAAUGAGGACUCACUGAAGCGCAAUCAACCAAUCGAUCCAUCGAGAAUAAACGAUUCGCUCAAGUUCUACGGCGACAGUCCAAUGAGCAAGAGCUUCAAUUGCGAGCAUGCCUUGCGUUCCAUCGAUGCGAAUUUAAUUAACGAUACGCUGAAUUUAAAAAGCGGCACGGCCAGUCCACAUUCGAUGCAACGCAUUUAUGCAUUGCAAAAGAGUGGCUCCGCCACAACUGCAAUGGAUGGCAACACUAAAAAUCUUUCCACGUAUCAACAUGGACACAACCAUUUUCAGAAGGGUAUAAAUCGCUCGAAAUCAGGACCAUCGUGUUUUGAUUACUCGGACAGCGAUGAUGACGACUCGACACUGAAGCCACAAAAGUCGGCCACCAUACGACGUAGUGAUGUGCCGCAACGGUAUGUGAAGAUCGAAAUGGACUGCUAUCCGAAAGAUAACGACAAGGGUAGUGUUAGUGAAGCGGACUCCAGUCGCGCCGAUGCGCCAUCAAUUACCGUGUCAAACAGUGGCAAUGCUGGCGGCGAUGAGUUGACGCAGACGGAGAUGAUGUACACGGCAAGUAGGGGUAGCGGUGCCGUGCACAAUGGUGGCGAUGGUGUUCAUGAUGAUGAUGAUACAGAUCCACCGCUACACGUAACCGAGGACGGUGUGGUCUUGCGCAGGCCACCGCGCACAGGUGCCGCAGCCAUCAAGCGCCGCAGUGGCAACAGAAGAUCGCGAACCAAAUUAAAGCGCCGAUGUUCCAUCAACGGCCACUUUUACAAUCGCGAAACUUCGUUCUUCACACCGCCCUACGGUUCGCAAAUGUCUGUAUGGGUCACAUCGUUGGUCACCACAACGGAGGUUAUCAAUUUACUGUUAGAGAAGUAUAAAGUCGACAGUGGUGUGGAGAAUUUUUCGCUCUUCAUUAUACGCGAUAAUGGCGAACAGAAACGCUUGAAAGAGACUGAUUAUCCGUUGUUGACGCGCGUCAUGAUGGGACCGCAUGAGGAUGUGGCGCGUCUUUACCUUGUCGAUGCCAAGAAAACGGAUGAAAUUAGCAAUGAGGUGGCUCAGUUUAUAAACCUCUCACUGCCUGAGUGCCGUGCAAUUUUGGAACGUUACGAUGAUGAGUUGGAGCGUGAAGUGGCCAAAGUUAGAGAACGAUAUACCGAGCUACGUCGGCGCAUCAUCAAUCGCAUGGAGUCGUUGAAGGUGCAUCUAUAAAUGUGCUCAAAAUUUGUGUUGCCUUUUUUUUUGUACUCUUUUACAGUACUUCUAUUUACAUUUUUUUCAAUUUCUAUUGAAAACGCUGUCUCAAAUAUUUUUUUUCACGCGCGUUGCGUAAAACUGUUCUAACAGCUCAAAUAUCAUGCAAAUAAGAAAUUUACAUAAGUUUAGUUUUAGUAUUAAAAUAGCACUUACAUAUGCAGCAGAUAACGCAUUUAAAGUUUUAUAAUGAGCACAAAACGGAGUGUUAUUUUCGAAAGUCGCUGAAAAAACAGUUUCAAAACUCAUUCCAACAUUCAAGAAUUCACAUAAGGUUGGUUUUCGAAUAAUAAAAAUGUUCGAAAAACAAAAAUGUUCGAAUCUUUAACUGCUAGAAUCUAGAUUCUGCAAUGAUUGGAGCGUUCAAUAAUACUCGAAAUGCUAGUGUUUUAAAAUCGUAAAUUAAAGUAUUCUUGAAACGUUAAUUUUUCGAAAAGUAAAAAUGUUCGAAUCUAUAACUACUUGGAAACAAAAUAUCAAAUUUGCAAUGCUGGAAAACAUGAUUAAAAUAUUAGUUUUAUGAAAUCGAAACUUAAUUCUUAAUUUUAAAAUUUUGAAAUUUUUAAAAUUUCGAAAAACCAAUUACUUAAUCCCUUUUGUUGUAUUUUUAAAAAUAUAUAAUAUAUAAUAUAUAAUAUUUUUAAAUUUUCGAAUAUGCAACUUUUCGGGGGCAGACUCUAAUACGAAUCCGAAUUCGCCGAACCAACGUUGAAAUGGUUCAACUCAAUCAUUUUAACGGAGAAAACGGGUUUAGAAUUCAUCACGUUUAUUGUGUUCGAAUUAUUUUUUUUCGAGGGCGAGCUUUUAUACAUAUUAAUUGAUAUCGUGCGGAAUGAAAUAACGCUCCAGUGACUAUGCAAUAAUCAUGUCAAUUUAUAAACAAAAAAUUAAAAUAAAUGCGACUAAUCGUGAAUCUCUUUCAUGUUCGAAAAAUAAAUUUUCUAUAAUAUAUACACAUAUUGUAUAGGUGCUUCUUUUCAAGAAACAUAACAAAUAGAAAUUAUAUUAACAACUAAAAAUAACUGUUAGCGUUUCGACAAACAACUAGUAUAAAAUAAUCGAACUGGUAUAAUCGUGUGGUCCUGUGUUUCACCUAUCAACUCUAGGAAAAAAAAUAUAUGUAUAUGUGUAGUACAAUAGCUUCAAGAUAUAACAGGAAGAGAUUAAAAGGUUCUCUUGAGUUGAAUUCAACUACGAAAUAUGUUACAAUGUGCACAACUAAAGCGAGUAAAGAAGUGGCGAAUCUCGAAGACAGUCAACAUUUAAAUUUUAAACGUACAUACAUACAUAUAUAUGAGUCCGGUUGUCGCAAGAUCUUUUAUAUCUGCGCUAAUCUCGGCUGCAAUUAGUGUGGCAUGCGUUAAAAGUGCAAGUAUUAUUUUGGGAUUUUGAAUUUUUGUAUAAUUUUAUUGCAUUUAAACAACAAAAAUAUGUGUUGUGGUUGUCACUAACAAAUGCCAUUUUUACUUCGAUUGUAAUCAAUUACAUAAACAUAUCCUUAUAAGCUAAGUACUUUGGUUUGUUUACUCGCACCCCAGCGAGUAGUAAUGAUUUAUUUAUUAACCAAAAAUUUUUUGUUUAGCUUUAAGUUACUACAAAAUGUAAUACACAAUUACAACAACACAUAAUCAAAACUUUUAUCAUCAUUAUUAUAAUUUUAAAAUUAAAAA